AUGGCUGAGCAUCAAGAAGAGGAUUGGGCGUUCAGUUGCUCUGGGCUUGCCUUCAACACAGGCAAACCUGGACGAGCAAAGUCACUCGCCUUCAAAGUUCGACAUGGGACCAAGAAUUCAAAAUUAACCAUUGGUUCCUCCAUUACGGUGGAUACUGAGGUAUCUCAGGCUGGUUUUGGCGAUGGAGAGGUUAACUCUGGCAUGAGAACCACAAGCAUGGAAGAGUCAUCCUUCGCUGACAUGAAUGCCGUUUGCAGAUCUCUGAAAACUCUCUCUUCUAUAAGUCGCCAUUUCAAGAAGUGUAUGUUUUACUCUGAAUUCGUGGUCGGCGAACGACAAUCCACGCGGAAGAUUCACCGAGCUCAUAUCCGUGAUACGAUUACAGCUUCAGAUGGUGGUAUUCAACUUCUCCAGAACCUUGACGGAGUCUUGAGGGCUGAAGAAGCUGCGCUGAGCACGUCGAACUUGGGAAGACGAGUCCAACCAGAGUUUGAAGAAAGCAUCAGGAAGAUUCAGCAGCUGGGAGAAGGCAGUAUGACUAUGGCGGCUGAAACAUACUUUGUCCAUUAA